CGAUUUUUACGGAUUUUGUUUUUCGUUGCACGCAGCUUAAUUUCAGAAUCACGACAAUAAAGUUUAUUUGGAAAUACCGGUUGUUUAUCUGUGCUAAGUGCUCAGCCCGGUGUCACAAUUUUCCGGAAACUUAUUCCACAAAAUAACAUAAUAUUGGCUAAUUGCGUUUGCUAUGAAGGGUUAAAGGGGAAUUAAGCCCAAAUUUUUUUUCUUCGGAAAUAUCUUUUACAAACCCUACUUAUUUUGAUGGUAUAUAAAAAAAUUGAAAUUCUUUGAAUUUACAUCCCUUUUCUAGCAUAAAAGUUGACAACAGUAAUCGCCAUGUUUAAAUCAUAAAAAAUCUGCGAUGGAGAUCUAUGACGUAUUUUACGCUCAUUUCAAUUUUUUGAUCUCUUCAUCUUUUUUAAAGUUGUUUACACAAUGUGAACAAACGUAACAGCGUAUUUGUUGAUGUUAUCUUUCUUCCAAAAACGAUGCCUACUUGUAAAGCUUAUGGCUGUAGAAAUAGUACUGCGAAAGGAGAGGUGAAGAAGUCUUUUUUUAUGAUUCCUCGACCGAACAGUAACGAAGAAAAGUUGCGUUGUUUGAGAUGGAUAAACAACAUGGGUCGUGCCGAUGUGAACAUCAAUACGUUGAAAUUUGGUAAAGACGCUGUGUUAUGCGAAGAUCAUUUUCACCCAGAUUGUUUAAAAAAAGAAAUAACAUUGCCGGAAUAUUUUACGAAAAGAAAAAAGAAAGAGUUAGUACCGGGGGCAGUGCCAACAAAAUUUUCGCACAAAACAUACGAUGAAAUAAACAUGGACGGCACAAAACAUUUACAGCAACGAAAAUUAUCUGUUAGACGAAGUGAAGAAUUAGCACGUUCUGAACUUAUCGGCCAUCUGCUAACGGAAAACGAAGUUUCUCAAAACGAAACUGUGAAUGUUCAAACAAAUCCAACUUUGGUUGAAGAAGAAACCAUCAUGAUCAUAAAUGUGAAGGAUAUUAUUGAACCAACCCACAAGAACGUUGGAGUUCAAUGUAAAAUAUCACUAAGCGACUUAAACAGAAGCUGUCAAACUGAUCGGUUAGAAUCAUGUGACUUUGAAGCGCAAGCUCCCGAGUAUUAUUCCAUUUAUGCUAAUUACGUUGCUGUGGUAAACGAUCACGCAUAUUCCAAAGAAAAAACUGUUUGCUCCACUCCUUCUAAAAGAAAGCACGUUUGUGAGGACGUCUCACUCUCUCCUAUAAACUUGUCAUUACAAUCCUUACCAACUGACGAUGAAAAAGAUUCUGAUUACAUCGCUGAAAGUGCAGAAGAGUCAAUCAAUAUUAGUGAUGCUCAUGAAACCGAACGAAGCAUUUUAAAAGAAAAGAAAUUUGUUGUUUUCGAAAGCAUGCUAGAUGAAAUAUUUAACUUACUGCCCUGUCGUUCAUGUGAUGGAACCGCAACCAGUAUCGAAAAGCGUGAGCAGGGAACGUGUACUAUACAAAGGGUAUUGCAUCAAUGAGCAUGUGGUUUUUGACUGAAAAAGUCAACCCAUGCUUGGAAAAAUGCCAGCAUUUAAUUUGUUGCUAUCCUCUGCAAUAUUUUGUUCAGGUAAAAAAAAUCUUCUUUUGCAUGCUGCAUGAUGAUAUGCAAAUUUACAGCAGGCUAUGCCAUGUUUUCAAACGGGUUGAAAGCAACCUCAUCUCUCGGACAUGUUGACUUUUUGUUAUUUUCGCUGCUCAUAUAGCACGCUG